UAUGCCAGAUUCACAACUCUUUCUGCCACCCUGACUAGAGAUCCCAAAGCUGUGUAAGAGAGAACGAAAUCAAUGGAAAAGGCUGGGCUGGACCAUGUGAGAGAAGCAGAGGAACGGAUAGGAAUUUAAGGAGUAGACGCCGGAUCAGCGUUCCCGGCAGUUAGGAGGACAGGCCCUCGAAGGGGUCUUGAUGGGUCGUCGUAACGACAGAGGUUGGGACUGGCGCUGGCGCGCUGUCUACGGGAAUUUUUUGGUAGCUGUUGUUUUGGUUGGCGCGGCUGCUUACCAGCCACUGGCUCAUCCUCCUACUCUGCGACGCGGAGUUUGCGUCCCAGCGCGGACUGGUGAGGGCUCCGUGGCUCCAGUGCUAGCUCCGAGCCAUGCCGGCGGUGCUGGGUUUUGAAGGCAGCGCCAACAAGAUUGGCGUGGGAGUGGUACGGGAUGGCAAAGUACUGGCGAACCCGAGGCGGACUUACGUCACGCCUCCCGGCACAGGAUUCCUUCCAGGUGAUACUGCCAGGCACCACCGAGCUGUUAUCUUGGACCUGCUGCAGGAGGCACUAACAGAGGCUGGAUUAACCUCUGAGGAUAUUGACUGCAUCGCAUACACCAAAGGUCCUGGCAUGGGUGCCCCACUGGUUUCUGUGGCUGUUGUGGCCCGUACUGUGGCCCAGUUAUGGAAUAAGCCAUUGCUGGGUGUUAACCACUGUAUAGGUCACAUUGAGAUGGGCCGCCUCAUCACGGGAGCCACCAACCCAACUGUGCUGUAUGUCAGUGGAGGAAAUACACAGGUGAUUGCGUAUUCAGAACAUCGUUACCGCAUUUUUGGGGAAACCAUCGAUAUUGCUGUGGGUAAUUGUCUGGAUCGUUUUGCUCGAGUGCUGAAGAUUUCCAAUGACCCAAGUCCAGGCUACAACAUUGAGCAAAUGGCAAAGCGAGGCAAGAAGCUAGUUGAGCUGCCAUACACUGUAAAGGGGAUGGACGUCUCAUUCUCUGGGAUCUUGUCUUUUAUUGAGGAUGUAGCCCAGCGGAUGCUGGCCACUGGAGAGUGUACUCCCGAGGAUCUGUGCUUCUCCCUGCAGGAAACUGUGUUUGCAAUGCUGGUCGAGAUCACAGAGCGGGCCAUGGCACAUUGUGGCUCCCAGGAGGCCCUCAUUGUGGGAGGUGUAGGGUGUAAUGUGAGGUUACAGGAAAUGAUGGAGACCAUGUGCCAGGAACGUGGAGCCCGGCUUUUUGCCACAGAUGAAAGGUUCUGCAUUGACAAUGGAGCCAUGAUAGCCCAGGCCGGGUGGGAGAUGUUUCAGGCUGGACACAGGACCCCUCUCAGUGAAUCUGGGAUCACACAGAGGUAUCGAACAGAUGAAGUAGAAGUGACCUGGAGGGACUAACAAAGCUAACAGGAUUGAAGUAUUUCAUGCCCUGAGUGGAGCCCAAGGGACCCGAGGCCUUAACCUCUAUCCUGACAAGGCUGUGGGCUCCCUUGUCUCAUCAUUUGAACCUCAAGAAUUGACUCAGCAUUAAAAUAUUUUUGGUUUUAUAUGGCAA